AUGGCAAUCGAGGAUUCAAACCCCCACGACGCGCCUGUCGGCAUAGCCGCAGAGGCUGCCGGCAGCUCAAGAACCACGUACAUGUUCAGCGACCUCCCCGUCGGCACCGAGCUCGACGCCGAGCAGAUGAUGGCGAUAGGCUGCGGGCCGCCGACGUACAAGACGGGUCCGGUAGCCUACACCGGGGACAAGUACCUAGCGCCAGAGCAUCUCGCCUGCGUGCGGUGCCGCGAGGCGCCGGAGACGAAGGACGGUGGUGGCUGGUGCUGGAUCAUGGCGCUCAAGGUUGCCGAGGAGGGCGGGCUGUUCGACCUCCGCGCCUGCCACGACUGCGUGCCGCGCAAGUGCUCCGCCAGCACCCGCUCCUACAACCACCUCAUCGCCCUGACCGACCCCUACACUGUGGUGGUGCUCGACAGGAAGGGCAAGGCACUCGUGCGCAUUGCGAAGGGGAGGCCUCAGCCGGUUGCUCCACCGCCCCCCGAGGUUGAGCACGACGGCAACUCCAACCCCGACGACGCCGAGGAGACUAUCGUCCCCGUGACUCCCUCAGGCUUCGGCGAGAAGGAGACCCCCGCGUCCCCGGUGGCCCCGGCGGCCCCGGUGGUGCAGGCCACGCUCUCCCCAAUCACCGUCAAGCUGCCCGCCUGGUCCCAAGUCGACGGCAAGAUCGUCUUCAACAACAGCCCAACGGCGAGCACCAGCACCAGCAACAAGACGCACGAACACGAGCUCGAGCGAGCCGCUUGGGAGGCUCAGCGUACCCAGCACCUCGCCAACGAGGCGGCGUGGGCUGCCCAGGAGCAGGAGUACGAGUCGACCAUUGCCGCGCUCAGGCACGACCUCGAGCAGCAGUACGAGUCGACCAUUGCGGGCCUCAAGCACGAGGUGCAGCAGCACGCGCGCAAGGAGGCAGCGUGGACGGGCGAGAGGGUACAGUACGCCGUCAACGAGGCGCGCCUGGCGCACGAGCGCGAGGUGCACGCGCAGGCCGUCGCCGGGUGGCAGGCGGAGCGCGCGCAGUUCGCGACCAAUGAGACACGGUGGGCCGCCGAGCGCAACCACCUCGUGGGCGAGUGGCAGAAGGUGGCCAAGGACAGCCAGAGCAGCGUGGCCGCAUGGCGCGUCCAGCAGGAGUCGUACGAGCGGCACAUUACCAUGCUUGAGGCCAACGCCGUCAAGGACCGCGCGGCUAUGUUCGACCGCCUCGCGGACGCGGAGAGGGCGCUUGUCGGCUUGAGGGCCGCACUGGGGAUGUCGAGGGCCCGCGGGGCCAUGUCGUGGGACCGCACGCCGCGCGCAACGCGAACGGCAUCUGGGCCAGUCCCAGCCCCGACGGUCAGCGCUGCGACUCCGACCUACCUCUUCGCCAACAGACGCAGCGAGCACCUGACUGAGGGUGAAAUGACCCGCCUGUGCGGCGAGGGGACCAUGACGAACGCCCGCGGCCAGUCGGAAGUCUACUACCCCGCGCCGCCGAAGCUCGUGUUCAAGCACUUCAGGGCCGUCGGCGGUGGGGUGCUAGAGGUCGUGGCAUGCUUUGAGUGUUUCCGUUUAGGCUCAAAGUGCUCGAGCAGCUCGCGCCGUACUGGCGUGUACGUCGCGUUCACGGACUGGGGCGCGGAGCACGCCGUGCUCGUCGACAGGGAGGGCGACCCGAUUCACCGCGUCACGAGCGAGGACGACACCGACAUCGAGCUGGCGAGCGACCUCAUCGCCCGCACGCCGAGCACAGGGGCGAGCAGCUCGCCCGAGGAAGUCGCGCACCGCGCCACCGCGCGCGCCGCACUGGACCGUGAUCUUGCAGCCGCAAAAGUGCGGUAUGAUGCCGUUAUGGCGGGGGUCGAUCGUGCCGUGCGCGAGUAUGUCGAGACCGUGCUGUCGCGCUUCAACCCCCUCAAGCCGCCCGCCCAGGCGGCUGCCGCCCCGGCGGCGGCGUCGUCAGCAGCAACACUACCUACCCCGCCUUCAUCGGGCUCGGCAAGCUCCCCUCCCCCGCGGCGUAGCCAGGGCCGCCGCCUCAACAACAAGCCUAUCACUUAUGGCUCGCGACGUCCUUCGAAGACUCGUCCAUCGUCGACCGAGCUGCUGCUGCACCUCUUCCUCAGCGACGAGGAGGACGAGCCCACCACCAAGACCAAUGGUGCUUCCACAACCCGCCGUCGUAUCAGCCACACCUCCCGCUCGCCUUCCCCCGAGGUGACGCCGGAUUACGCCCUCGGAGUCGACGCCGACCGUGGUCCUCGUCUUCAAGGCCGCUUCAUGGCCCACGCCAAGGACUACGAGGACAGUCUCGACGAGUCAGACGAGGAAGACGAGUUGCAGAGCCAAAGCGAGUCGUCGGACGAGGCGGUGUCGAGCGGGGCGGAGGAAGACAGCGCCGAGGAAGACUACGACGCGCGCGAUGUCGACCCCGACCCGAACGCGCCGUCGAACCUGGGCGCCAACUAUCGUACCCGCGGUGAAAGGCACGUCCCGACCUCGCCAUCCAACCGCACAUCCCGAUCCAAGGCCACGGUGAACCGCACCGCCGCCACCGCUUCCACCUCCGCCGAGCCCGAGUUCCUCCCCUCCCUCCUCGACUUCAUCGCCACCCACAAGGACUGCCAUGGCGCCGUUGAGGCCGAGCGGAGGAAGCAUGCGGAGGAGAAGGCUGCGUGGGACGCUGAUCGGGCGCGGCUGGAGGCUAGGGUUGCCGAGCUGGAGGCGUACCGGGCCAACGCGAGGCAGGCUGCCAGGGAGCUCGUGGCGUUGAAUGACGAUGAAGACGAGACUUGGCCCAACGAUGAGGUGGAGAACGGCCCGUUCUGGAUGAACGAUGACGGGAAGGACGACGCCGCGAUUGACUUCCCUCACGAUCAUGAGGCCGACGACGAGAACGACAGCGAGGUUGAUGCGCCGACCGACGUCGGGGAAGGCAACGGCUUCCCAGUGCUCGCUGAAGCGGCAAGCCUGACGUCACCUUCCCCCUUGUCUUCCCUCUCAAGCGCAACGAGCACCCCACCGCAAAACCCGUCGGACCCCGACCUCGCCGAGGAGGAUGCCGGCCCAACACCAUCGAUGCCCAUCCUAGUCCUUCCCCCGGGCACGCCUAAAGACCUGUCGUCCAUCCUCCGCCGGUUCACAAGCGACAUCGGGCGCUGGUCGGUCGACCGUGAGCGCGCAGCAGCCGACAAUUCAGCUGUAAUGGACGCACGUGAGCGGCGCCUGGCUGCCGAUAUGGAGGUGGUGGAGAAGGAGAAGCUGCACCUCGCCGAGUGGUCCGCGGCGGUGGAGGCUAGGGAGAAGCUCCUUGCCACGAAGGCUGCAGAGGUGGAGGCUGAGAAAGCGGCGCUCGAGACGAGGGGACAGCAACUCCACGAAAAGGAGAUGUUGGUGGAUACCAGGGAUGAGAACAUGGAUGCCUGGAUGAGGCACCACGAGGAGACACUCCGUCGGCGAACCAUCGAACGAGACAAAGAACGCGCGCUCCGCACGACCGCCGACGCCAACCUUGCGCGCGAGACGGCACUCCGCGCCUCCGAGGCGCGACAGGCCAAGGCCGAGUUGAACGCACGCGAGGCGUACUGGAAAACGAUUGUUGAGGAGUUGGAGAGAGAGCAGAGGGUGAGGCCUUCCGAGCACGCCAAGUCGGCCACGGCCUCGCGAGGCACCCGCCGCACCGCGGAUGACGACAGCGACGACGACGAUGACUCGUUGCCUGAGCGCGAAGACGAGGCCGAGUCCACAGACGCCGACUACUCUGACGAGGAGAUGGAUUUCGACGCCAUGGACGGCGACGAGGAAGACGCUCCGGUCCAUUGGCACAGCGAGGAAGACGACCAUGCGGGGCACCGUCCGAUCGCCCGCGUCCUGGUCAACGUCGAUCGGCGACGGCGCGAGCUCUCAACCUCAUCCUCCCUCACAAGCCUCAGCAGUAACCGCAGUGCUCACAGCACCGACAAGACUCCCACCACACCACCCUCAGCACCAGCCACCCCGGCCACUGUCCCUCCACCACCAGCACAGGCACCACCACCACCACCUGCACCACCCGCCGAGCUCGUCUUCCCCACGAAUCUCAGAUACACGGUCCACCUCAUCGUCCGCCUGGGCUGGCACGCCUGGAACCUUGUCAAAGGCGGCGAUGACGACGCUGUGCGCGAACUCCGCGCCGAGCUGGCAGCGUCUGAAGAAGAGAGGCGGCGGCUCGCGGAGGCCUUGCAGGCAGCCAACAACCAGGCGGAGCGCGACGCGGCCGACAAGGCCGAGAUGGAGAUCGAGAACCGCCGCAUUGCCGACAACGAGGCGGCGUACAAGAGGGCAAACAAGCGCUUGGCGCUCGAACGCGACUUGCUCCGCCACAACCUCGAGCGCACGAAUCGAUGA